UGGUAAACUUCAAAAAAUCUAUCUAUUGCAUAAUAUAGAAACCGACAGACAAAAAUCUGAGACUUCAAUGCACUGACAUAAAACAGAAACAAAAUUCCUCUGUAACAUCUUCUCCAGAAAAAUACUCAAAUUUUUCAGGAGGAAAUAACAAGAAUAAUAAGGCAAAAAAACUAAGAAAGUAAUAGAACUUUGCGUAUGAGAAAGAUAAAGUUGGAUUCGAUAUAAUUCACAUGCACAGAAAUAAAGGAGUUUGAGUAAAGAAUCUGUUUGUUUAGUACGUGUCAAGUUGGAAUCUCUUUUUUUAUUGAUUCUUGAAUUUUACUUGAUUAAACAAAAUGGGGUUGAUUUUUGGGAUUCUGAUGGGGAUGAUUGUUGGGGUCGGUUUAAUGGCGGCUUGGAAACACAUGACAAGUUAUAGAAGCAACAAGAGAAUUUCCAAGGCAAUAGAGGUAAAACUAAUGGGCUCCCUCAAUAGGGAUGAUCUAAAGAAAAUGUGUGGCGAUAAUUAUCCUGAAUGGAUAUCAUUCCCAGUUUAUGAACAGGUUAAAUGGUUGAACAAACAACUGGGCAAACUAUGGCCAUUUGUUGCUGAGGCAGCCGAGGCUAUAAUAAAAGAAUCUGUUGAACCUUUUUUAGAAGAUUAUCGGCCUCCUGGAAUUACUUCAUUGAAGUUCAGUAAAUUGUCCUUGGGAACUGUGUCACCUAAAAUCGAAGGUAUUCGUGUUCAAAAACUUAAAAAAGAUCAAAUUACUAUGGAUAUUGACCUUCGAUGGGGUGGUGAUCCCAAUAUCAUUUUAGGUGUUGAAGCUGCAAUGGUUGCUUCUAUACCCAUUCAAUUGAAAGAUCUUCAGGUCUUCACAGUUGUUCGUGUUAUCUUCCAACUAGCUGAAGAAAUUCCUUGCAUCUCUGCCGUUGUUGUUGCUUUACUCUCUGAGCCAAAGCCAAAAAUUGAUUAUACUUUGAACGCUGUCGGCGGUAGUUUAACAGCUCUUCCUGGAAUUUCGGAUAUGAUUGAUGACACUGUAAACUCGAUUGUUACAGAUAUGCUAGAAUGGCCUCAUAGAAUUGUCGUUCCAAUUGGCGGAGUACCUGUGGAUACUAGUGAUUUGGAGCUUAAGCCACAGGGCAAGCUUCUAGUGACUGUAGUCAGGGCUAAUAGCUUAAAGAACAGUGAAAUGGUUGGAAAAUCUGAUCCAUAUGUAGUCGUAUAUAUUCGCCCACUAUUUAAGCUUAAGACAAAAACCAUCGACAACAACCUAAAUCCGGUUUGGGACCAGACAUUUGAGUUGAUUGCAGAAGACAAGGAGACUCAAUCUCUUAUCCUUGAGGUAUUUGAUAAAGAUGUUGGACAAGAUAAACGAAUAGGUGUUACAAAGUUGCCCCUCAAUGAGCUGGUUGCGGAGACUCCGAAAGAAAUUGAAUUAAGGUUACUGCCGAAACUUGACAUGCUCAAAGUCAAAGACAAGAAAGAUAGAGGAACUAUCACAGUGAAGGUGUUGUAUCAUGAGUUUAACAAAGAAGAGCAGUUAGCUGCUCUGGAGGCAGAGAAGAAGAUUAUAGAAGAAAGAAAGAGGCUAAAGGCAGAAGGGUUAAUCGGCAGCACUAUGGAUUCCCUUGACGGGGUAUCAUCACUCGUCGGUUCAGGUGUUGGCAUGGUGGGGACCGGCCUUGGUGCAGGAGUAGGUCUUGUCGGAACUGGACUAGGUGCCGGUGCAGGGAUAGUAGGAAGUGGCCUUGGAGCUGUUGGCAGUGGUCUAAGCAAAGCCGGAAAGUUUAUGGGAAGGACCUUUACAGGGCAGUCGAGCCAUUCGAGGAAGAAGAGUGGUUCCUCUGCUCCAGUAAACUUUGGUCAAGAAAAUGGAGGAGCAAAGCCACUCUAGGCUUUGCCUUAGUGAUGUUGACUACUUUUGUGGACUAGAAACUUAGUAGUUUUUGUAAACUUGUAGAGUUUAGAUCCGAUUUUCGAAUGUGUUUAUCGAUGCAAGAGUGUACUGUUUCUAUAAUGAAACUAAGCUUAACAUUUGGACA